UAAUUAGGCGUCAUACGUGUGCUGUUGAAUUGUCCAAUGUUGAGAAACUUUUUAACCCCCCAUAAGAGACUCGAGUGGCACUUGUGGGAGUCAUUGGAAUCAUCCCUGCAAGUUCGUUAAACUUGGAUCGGAGCCAAAGCGUCACUGGCAAUACUAGAAACGUAUUUCUAUUCAUCUUUUGGUAUUUUAGGUGAAUACGAGAAUGGCUUUUUCCUGGGUAGAGGGAGGUGGACGACCUGGAGUGAAAGGCCAGGUUAAUCAGUGCAUGACCAGAAGGAUCGAGGGACAUUUUCAAGUCCGAGUGCUCAAAUUCACAGUGACUCUCGAUGGAGAGCAGGCAUUGAGGCAAAUUGAUGCCAGUGGGAUUUCGCCAAUGGCAUGGGAAAUAUUUUCGGAAGAUAUUGUUGGACUGAAUGGGAAGCCUAUUAUUUCCGGACACGCCUGCGUGCGUAAUUCACCGUUUCCUGCACAGAAUGAUGCAAAGCUAAAACCAGAUUUUUUUCUUCCCGAAGUUAAUCAUCGUGACGUUAAUAAAACAGUUGGGAAAUUGAAAAUAAGAGGCUCGUCGUGAUGACGUUAAUAACGCGACCGUUGGAUUUCAGCACAAGGAAAUUACUGACCGAAGAAUAAAGAAGAUCCAUCCGACUUGGAAGAUUUUUCCGGCCGGUCGUCUGCGUGGCUCAUUCCCCCCAUUGACUAUUUAUUCCAAUAACUUAACAAUUCACGUUUCACUGGCAUGCGACGAGUUUAUCUCGAGCCAAUUAAACAUGUCACGUGCUUCCCUCACAAAUAGACAUUUAUGGUCCUACACAGCGGAGAAAAAAAUAUUGCAGAUGCUUGAGUCAAUCGAGCAAUCGUCGUUGAUACGUUUAUUAUGCAGUUUGAAAACAUUGUAGUGUUUCAGGGUCAACCGAUUUCUUAUGAAUUAUUUCGACGAAAGAGAAAUAUGUUGAGAGCAAAAUCGAUAAUUGAAUGUAACGAACGAACCGAGUUUAAUGUUUAUUUUUUUCUUACUCGUAAAAUCAUUUUCACUUCUGAACAUUAACAAUAGCAAUAAUUAUUGUUAAAUGAGAAUUCCGCGUUGAAAAAUACGUGAAAAAAACAAAACCAUUUCAACGAAUAAUUCUCCAUUAAAAUUGAAUAAAGAAUCAUCAUUUUUUCACAAUAUAAAAUAAUUGGGUAAAUUAGGGAACUAAUGAGAUAUAAAUUAAUUGGAUAAAUAAGUUUAUAUCGAAAUUGGGAGCGCCUAUCUUGAAAUGAAUCAUAGUCACUAUUUAUUCGAACACUAAAAAUAGUGUCGUUGAAUAGAAAUUCCGGAUGCAACACUAUUGCUUUCUAAAAAUAGUUAUUCAUUAAAAUCAAAUUAAGAAUGAUUUUUCAUUGAUAAAAUAAAUUGAGGGAAUUCAAAGACUAAUAUAAUUUAACUUGAUUGAAUAACUACAUUUUUAUUCAAACGAUUUAACCAACUAAUUUGCCAUCCAAAUGAGGAAUAUUUACAAAAAAAAAAAUGAAUGAUGCAAUAAAAGAAAACAAAUUGAUGAAAUACCCUAUCCAUGGACUUCCACUCGACAAUCCCCCGAGUUAAUAAAUCAUUGAUAAAAGUAAAAAGAAAAAACAUUCGCUCAAAUAAUUCAACAGAAAAGCGUAACAUCUCUGUUAUGAAUUACGAAUGCUGUGAUAAUGGAAAAUGUGUAC